UAUAAUUCUGUAGUGGCAUCGCGUUUCUCAGUAUCGCUUGGACCGCCAACAUCGUCAGACGUAGUCAUCAUGAACGUUCUCGGAACGAAAUGGCUCUUUGUCACUUUGAUUUUGUUAUUUAAUAUAUUAAUUCAAGAAAACAUAGCGCAAUAUAUCCCUCCUACACCGACUGUGGAACCACUUUACCCAAAAGGAAUACGGAUGUCCAUUCCACACGAGGAUGGCAUUUCUUUGGUCGCGUAUCACGUGAAAUUUAAUGAGGAUUUCAACGGUCUCGAAGCUGGAGCUAUUGCCAGAGAUAUUGUAAAAAUUCGUAAUGGCCGUUGGACAUACGAGGAUCGAACCACGAGAUUAAAAAGAGGCGAUAGAAUUUAUUAUUGGAUUCACGUUGUUUACGAUGGUCUUGGUUAUAAUUUACUUGACCAGCAACACGUGGUCACUGAUUUUUAUCAGUACGAUGGAACGCCUGUAAGGGAAGCUGACGGUAAUGAAAUUGUCUGUGCAACACCUUCGAAUACUAAAAUAUUUGGAAAUGACACAAACUUCCAACUAAAACGGCAAAAUGUCUGUCCGGGUCAAUUAAUUUUCGAAGAGAAUUUCGAUACGCUUAAUACGACCCGUUGGACGGUUAUCGAACGCUUUUCAGACGGCCCUAGUUAUGAAUUUGUCGUAUACAUGGACAAUGAAGAUAACGUAAAAGUAAAAGAUGGUAUUUUACAUAUUACACUAACUUCCUUGAACGACAAGUAUGGGCAAGACUUUGUUCGAACAGGAAAUCUGAUUUUGGAGAAGUGUACUGGAAUAGCCUAUACCCCAGAAUGUAGUCGGACCCCACUUGGACCGUUUAUUUUACCACCUAUAAUAUCGGGUCGAUUAAAUACCAGGUCAUCGUUUGCUUUUCUAUACGGACGCAUUCAAGUUCGUGCUAAAUUGCCUUAUGGUGACUGGAUAUAUCCUUUGAUCACCUUGGAAAGUAUUGACAGGCAUAAAACAAACAUAACGGAGUAUUGUGACAUUAUAAUCGCUCUCGCAACUGGAAAUCCUUCACUUAAAUCACAGAAUGGACAAGAUUUGAGCGGUCACAUCCUUCUAGGUGGUGCUCAUGUAACGGACAUAAAUCAACAAUCCAUAAAAGAUAAUCAAUUACGUCUUCCUAACAUAAUUUCGAACACUUUAUGGUCAAGCAAUUACCAUGUGUAUGAUUUGGAAUGGAGAAGCGGUCGAAUCUCGGUUAAAGUUGAUGGAGAACAGUAUGGCGAACAGCAAGUACCGGCGCUGUAUGAUACUCCGGUUUACGUAAACCUCGGCCUAGCAGUAGGAGGCGUUACCACAUUCCCAGAUUCUUGUAUCAGCGGCAACUACGUCAAACCUUGGAGAAACAUUGGAUCGAAGGCACUCUAUACCUUCUAUUUGGACGAAAAGAACUGGAUACAGUCUUGGAGGAACGCCGAUACCGGCCUCCACAUAGACUACGUCAAGAUCUGGGCUAUCUAAAUCUAUUUUCCAC